ACUCAAGAUGGAAUCACCCUCAUUUCAAAACCGCGGAGCCAUCAAGACCAUCUUCUUAGAGAACUUUAUGCAAUACGACCAGGUGCGUUUCCAUCCUGGCCCGCAUCUGAAUGUGAUCUUAGGCCCCAACGGCUCGGGCAAGAGUUCCAUCGUCAACGCCAUCUGUUUGGGUCUCAAUGGGCGGCCUGGCACCUUGGGACGGGCCACCCAUCUCAAGGAGUUCAUCCGCCUGGGACGAACCCACGCCCUCAUUCAGAUCACGCUCCACAAUCCAGAUCCGGAUGAACCCGAUUGGGUCAUUCGUCGCCGAUGGGAUGGCACGGGCAAAUCCAAGUGGAAUCUCAAUGGGCAAGACGUGCCGCAAAAGGCCGUGGACGCCCUCAUGCUCGAGCUGCACAUCCAGACUGACAAUUUGUGCCAGUUUCUCCCCCAAGACAAGGUCCAUGAAUUCUCGCGCAUGAACGCCCGUGAAAUGUUGGCCCGCACCAUUGAGGCCGCGGGAGAAGAUCAAUUACGUCGGGAUCACCAUAAGUUGAUGCGACUUCAGACCGAGGUUCAGAGUAACGCUGAGGUCCAUGAAAAACGGCAAGCUUCGCUCAUCGCCGAACGCCGUAAAUUGGAGACCUGGGAACAAUUGGCUCAGAACUUUAUCGAGAAACGUCAGAAAACCGAUAGAUUGAUAUUGUUGAGAAAAAAGCGGGCCUAUUUGGCGUUGGACACUGAGCGGAAGAACCUGGCUGAGGCCCGACAAAACUACCAGGCCUCGGUCCAACGUUUGACUCGAGAAGAAAAUGUGAUUCAGCCAUUGAAAACCGAGCGAUCUGAGAUUCGGAGGAAGCGUAACAAGAUUUCUGCCAAGAUUCAGGAUGCUCUCACGUCCAAUAAUAGACUCUUGGGUCAAGCCAAGACAGCUUCGGAAGCCAUUGAGAACAUGGAAAACGACCUCGAGAACUUGAUCGUAGAAGAAGAGCGAAUCGAGCGAGAUGAGCAACGACACGUGGCCCUCAAGGAAGCCCUCAACUUAGAAAUUGAUGCCCUCAAAAAAGAGAAGGAUGAAGCCCAAAACGAGCCCACCUUGGAGCCUCGAAUGAAGGCGGCCAACGAUCUGAUCCGACGUCUCCAUCAAGACCAAUCCAAUCUGCUGGAUGGAAUCCAACAGAACCAAUCCGAAGCCAGAUCCAAUCGACAGAAACGGGACAAGCUGGAGCAAGAUCUGCAAGAGCUUCGCGACGUGGAACGACAAAAAAUCGAGGUCUUGAAGGUUCUACCCAAUGGUCAAGAUGCCAUUCAAGCCAUCCGGUGGCUGGAGGAGAACCGAAAUGAGUUCCAGGGUCGCAUUCAUUUGCCCAUUGUGACUCAAAUCAAUGUCCACGAUCCGAAUGACGCCGUUUAUCUCGAGAACACCAUCGCGUAUCGAGACCUUGUGGCCUUUGUGGCCGAAGACGUCGAUGAGAUGAACAUGAUCCUCCGACAAUUUCGGGAUAUCAUGAAACUCAAAGUGAAUGUGGUCCACGCCAAUCCCGAGGAUCAUUUGGACAAUUACCCGGUGAAUCCGAAGAUGGAACAAUUGCGACAUCUAGGCUUCAAGGGAGUGAUGAAGGACAUUUUUACCGCCCCGAACGCUAUCAAAGCCUUUCUGUGCCAAACCGAUCGUUUGCAAGACAUUGCGAUAUUCGACAACAAGGCCCACAAACAUCUUGACGAGAUCGUUCAUCAGCAUCAGAUCUCGUCGUUUUUUGUCGGCCAAGAGCGAUUUAAAGUGAGCACGUCUCGAUAUACGAAAGAAAAGGCCACCACCAGUUUUCACAUCAUGCGACGAAAUCUGUUGAAUUACGUCACGGACAAAGGCCGGGAAUCCGAGCUCGAAAGCCGAAUCCAAGCAGUGACCAACCGGACUCAAGAGCUCCUUGAACAGCGGGACACGUUUGAAAAAACGCUCAAGAACGCGCAACGAGAUUUAGAAGAGAGGAAAAAAGAGCUAAAGGGACUCAAAGAGCAACAAGGAUAUCGCAAUGCCCUGAAUGGAAAACUGAACGAAAAGUACAAGAAGCUGCAACGAUUGGAGGACGCCAUCAAUCACAAGUCCGACGAGAAACGUGUGGCCAUCGGAAAGAAAAAGCACCAAUUGGUGACGGAAACACUCAAGCACGCUACCCAUUUGAAGAGAUGCGUCAUUCAGAACAACCAGAGGAAGAUUCGACUGGACGUGGACAACCUUCAGGAGCGUUUCUGGAACAACUACGAAGACAAAUUGAAGCAGGAUAUCGCCAAGGCCGAGGAUGACCUCCAGGAGCUCAAGGAAGACACUGAAGCUCAGCGAUGCGAGAUGCAGAACGCUGAAUUCGAGUUCAAACGACAACUGAGGCAAGCCAAAGAAGAUAUUGGCGGCGAGGGGUUGUCUCAAGACCAAGGACUCAUCUCAAAGAAGCUGGAAGCCGAGUUCCAACGAGAAGACCUGCCCGAUUCCCUGGAAGAAAUCGAGCUCCUCGUUGAAGACCUGGAGUCGCAAAUCCAAUGCUUGGAUGACUCCGGUCCAGAAGUGAUUCAAACCUAUCGCAAGAUCAAACAAUCCGUGGCGGAUCUGGAGGCUGAGAUUGCCAAUUAUCAACGCCUCGUCCAAGGGAAGCAAGAUGACAUGACCGAGACUCGAGCCCGAUGGCUAGGGGAGCUCCUGGCCAUGAUCAAUCGCAUCAGUGAGCGAUUUGCCGCCUAUUUUGAGGCCAUGGGAUUCGCCGGAGCCGUCGAGUUGAGUCAAGGCACCCACGAGAACGACUACCAGAACUUCGGCAUCGAGAUCAUGGUCAAGUAUCGGUCCAAUCAGCCCUUGCAAAGACUGGAUCCCCACCAACAAUCCGGAGGUGAGCGAUCCGUGGCCACCGCCUUGUACAUGUUGGCCUUGCAGGAGUUGACGGUGGUGCCGUUUCGGUGUGUGGAUGAGAUCAACCAGGGCAUGGAUGCGCUCAACGAGCGGCGGGUGUUCGAUCUCAUUGUCCAGACCUCGUGUCGCGAGCAAUCCGCCCAGUACUUUCUACUCACGCCCAAGUUGUUGCCGGACUUGAACUACGACGACAACAUGAGUGUUUUGGUCGUGCACAACGGAGAUGGGAUGGUCCAUCAUUCAGAGUGGAAUAUGGAGCACUUCAUGGAGGAGGCGGCCAUUCAAGCCGCAUAGAGAGAGAGAGAGAGGAGUUGAUUGACCUGCAUAACGCCAGCGGAAGUGGAGUGUGGCUGAAUAAUAAAAGAAUAGAACGUG